AUGCCGAAAAUUCCUUUUCAUAUUCUCUCGCAAAUUGUAGUCAAGAUAGUCAAGAUACGUGAGAAAGUUACGGUUAAACAUCCUACUAAUCGGAAGGAUCGGGAUCAAGUUUCCGAGGAACCAAACGAAAAUGGAGACAGGCAAAAAUGCGCUGCGAUAGUGUUGACUGGUGAAUUUAAAGGCCUCUGCGCCGAUUGCGAUUAUUUAAUAUAUGCCACCGAGGACUUGAAAACAAAAACCGAGGAUGCAAAUGUCUGGAGAAAAACAUUGCCUCUUGGGAUAAUGAGUUGGGUAAACUACGCCAACGAUUUGAUGGCGCAAAUAGACAUAAAAAUUCGUCACGUCAACCAAAAUCUUUUGGAGGAACGAAGUGGGUAG